CAUUUGUUCCGAUACAAUACCACUGCUGUUUCGCAUACGCCAUUUAUUUGCAAGGAAAAAAUAAAAAGCAAUUAACAAAACAGAAUAAAUAUGUUGGCGCUUAUCAACAGGAUUCUGGACUGGUUCAAGAGCAUCUUUUGGAAAGAGGAGAUGGAGUUGACGCUUGUCGGUCUCCAAUUCUCUGGCAAAACAACAUUCGUCAAUGUUAUUGCAUCCGGCCAGUUUGCUGAGGAUAUGAUACCCACAGUUGGCUUCAAUAUGCGCAAAAUAACCAAAGGCAAUGUUACCAUUAAGGUUUGGGAUAUUGGAGGCCAGCCACGUUUUCGUUCCAUGUGGGAGCGUUAUUGUCGUGGCGUCAAUGCAAUUGUUUAUAUGGUCGACGCGGCUGAUUUGGAUAAAUUGGAAGCGUCUCGCAAUGAGCUGCAUUCGCUGCUAGACAAACCGCAAUUAAAUGGCAUUCCAGUGCUCGUCCUUGGCAAUAAACGUGAUCUUCCGGGCGCGCUUGAUGAGACCGGGCUUAUUGAGCGAAUGAAUCUGUCCAGCAUACAGGAUCGUGAAAUCUGUUGUUAUAGUAUUUCGUGUAAGGAAAAGGACAACAUCGAUAUAACGCUGCAGUGGUUAAUUCAGCAUUCGAAAAGCCAAAGUCGUUAGAUUAUAGCUUAACAUUACACACACACACACACAACAUAAUAUACACAAGCACACACACACAUACACAAAUUCAAUGCACUCUCGCAUACACAUUGAACAAGUAACUUAAUUUGCAGUAUAUUAAUUUGAUGUAGACUGUUAAUUGAUGUAUGAGUAUAAUUCGAAGAGCAAAAGUUAUUGCAAUGGCUCGUUAUGAUUGUUAGCAUGUGUGUUUGUCUAAGAAAUUUGUAUUCGCGUUGGGGUGCUCCUCGUUAGGACCAAAUAUCUCGAAUUGUAGUUCAAAAGUGAAAGGACUAAUGAAACAUAGCCAACCGAUUCUGUAUAAAAGUGAAUAUAUUACACAACUACACACACA